AUGGGUCGGAAAAAACCAUGGGAAGCGAACGAAGCCCGAAGGAGAAGAAGAGAAGCAGAGCACGGAGCGAAGAUUCUUCGUCUUCCGAGUACGAAGAUAAAGUUAAGAGGCAUCGAGGAACAGAGAAAGAUGAUGAAAGGAGAAGUAGGAGAAGUGAGAAGAAGAAGGAAAGUAAAUCUCACAAGCACCACCGAUCGAGUUCAUAAGUCCAAGGAUGAUAAGCACAAAAAGAAACACGCAGAAGGCGACCAACAGCUAAAAGAGGGGAUCCCAGAGCUAUCGAGUGAGGACUACUUCUCCAAGAACAUGGAGUUCGCGACAUGGCUGAAAGAAAAAAAGCGCACUUACUUUAACGACCUCACGACCGAAGCUGCACGGGAGCUGUUUGCUCGCUUUGUCAAGGCAUGGAACAGAGGGAAACUCGAGCCCCGAUACUACGAGGGAAUCUCCACUGCCCCGCGAACAGCUCACAACUGGAAGAUCAAGCACAGGUGAAAAAAACAAAGUUUGCUGGUUGAUGAUACAAGAAACAACUUCUACGUACAACUCUUGUUGCAGAACUUGUUAGAUAGAUAGUAGUUGUUAAGAGACGUGUUUGUAGUCGGUUUUCAGGCGGGAGAUGAAAUAAAUUGCUCAAGAACUAUCGCAUAUUCAGGUUAACCGAUAUUAGUUCCCUUUUCUGGUUAUUGCACUAGGCAAGAACAGAGUUAUAUUAUCCUAUAUUCAUUAGUGAACUUUAGAUUCAAGUUUUGGCCCAACAUGAAUUCUGGUUGUGAGCAUUUCUAAAUGAGUGAAAAGAAAACAGAUUCUUC